AUGCCACGGAGGCAGAUUGCGCCCGGUCGCUCCUGCUUCGAGUGUCGCCGCCGCAAGAUCAAGUGCGACCGCUCGCAUCCGUGCUCCUACUGCGUCAAAACCCGGAUCAAGUGCAAGUACCCUGCAGGGCGAUCUGUUCUCGAUGAAGACCAAACGGCUCUUGAUCGCGUUGCAUCUCUAGAGACGAGACUUUUUGCCGUCGAGCAACGACUAUCUGAGGUCGAUAAAUCGUACCCAGGCCCCUUGCCAGCGAGCCCGUCCAUACUCGAGCAUGACCAUGCAGAACUAUCAGAAAGCCGCCAGCAGCCGACACAGUACCUGAUGGAUGAGCCGGCUUCAGUCCAAUCUAUAGGGAUUGCACCCUCGUCAAUUGUUAAUCCGCAACUGCCAAUCGAUUUAGACCAGUUCCGCCCAUCUCGCCCAACUAUUGCUCUGCUGUGGCAAAAGUACUUGGAGGUUGUCGACCCUCUGCUGAAAGUGUUUCAUACACCCACAGUACAGAAACUGGUGAUGAAGGCAGUACGUGGUCGGGAUGCGUUGGACUUGGCCUCCGAAUGCCUGCUCUUUGUUAUCUAUUAUGCAGCAGUGGUUGUCACGUCUAGUGAGGACUGCCUAGAGCAGUUCGAGGAAGCGAGGUACCGUACCGCGUGUGAGAACCUUCUUUCUCGCUUAAACCUCCUGGAGGCAUCAGAUAUGGUGGUCUUGCAAGCGUUAACGAUCUACUUGGUUACCGGGCGAUCGGAUGAUCAAGGGGCAGACGUCUACACUCGUGUAGGAUUAGCUGUUGGAAUGGCUCUCAAGAUGGGACUCAACAAGGACGGAGAAGCAGCCGGACUCCCUCAGUUUGAAGUCGAGAUGCGACGUCGUCUCUGGUGGCAGCUCUGCAUCCUGGACAUCCGUGUGGCAGAGGACCGUCAGUCAGAGCCCUGUAUCCUCGAAUCAUCAUUCAACACGCGGCUACCGUCAAAUGUGGCAGAUGCAAAUCUCCAUCCUGCGAUGAGCCGACCCGUGGUCGCCGAAACUGGCCGAACAGAGAUGCUGUACAGCUUGGUUCGCUUUGAGGGGAGCUACUUCGCCCGACAACUGGUGUUCUCCAAAGGGUUUUCCGACGAAAACGACUACAUGUCAAUGACAAUGCCUCAAAGGUGCCAUGCUAUUGACCUCUUUCAAGACCGAAUUGAGAACCAGUACCUGGCGCAUUGUGAUGAGCAGGUCCCAUUUGACAUGGUUACGAUAGAAUCCAUGAGACUUGUGCUGGCAAAGCUUCGGCUGAUGCCUCAAGCUCAAACUCAGGAAGAGCAACCACCAAGCAUUGCUGCCUGGGUGAAGCUCCUCCAAGAUGCCGAAAAUCUACGGCAAUACGAGGCCGGGAAGCAGUGGCUGUGGUUGUUCCAGACGUAUAUUGAGUGGGAUGCACUCAUUAACCUACUCUCGUAUCUGCGCGAAGAGCCCUUCGGAGAAGUACAGGCCUGGGAACUAGCGUCUCGUGUCUUUGAUUACUGGAAAGCCGCUCAGCCCGUGUCCGACAAUCAUCGCUGGAAGAAGAUUGAGAAACUCCGACAGGAAGUGCUUAUCUCGCGUGGGCAAUAG